AUGAGCGCGAGCGGCCCGGCGGCUCCCGGGGACGGCCCCGCUCUGCCGCCGGUACCGCCGCCGGCACCCGGCCCGGGGCCCGCACCGCCCGCACCCGCCGCCGCCGCCCGGGACACCAUGGACGGGCGCGCCGAGCUGCCUGCCUUCCCCCGGGCCGGAGCCCCGCCGCUGGCUGCCGGUGACACGGCGCCCGCGGCGCCCGAGGGAGCUGGGGUGGCCCGCCCUGCCCCACCGCCGCGCCCCACCUCUUUCUCGGUGCUGGACAUCCUGGACCCCAACAAGUUCAACAGCAGAAGACGCCGCUGUGUGCUGCUGGGCCCCGUGGCGCCCAGCGCGUGCGCCCCGGCCCCGUGCGCCCCGGUCCCCGCCGCCACGGGGCGUCCGCCGCGCGCAGAGGAGCUGGAGCGCCGCGCCCUCGCCGCGGCGGGAGGAGCUGGAACCGCCACCGGAGCCGAGCCAGCGCACGCCGGCGACCCCUACCAGGCGGACGAGGCCGAGGCCAACGGCUACAGCAGCGGCGGCCGCAGCCCGAGCGCGGACAGCGGGGAGGAGGCUCCGGACAACGAGGACCAGGCGCCCGAGCCGGGGGCGGCGCGCAGCGCGGAGGAGGCGCGAGGAGGCGGGGGCGGCCUCGCGGCCCGCGGGUCGGGCUGCCCAGGUGCGGUGGAGGCCGAGGAGGCGCCUGGCACCGUCGACGAGGCCGCGGCGCCCGGCCCCCGGGGAAACUCACCCGGAGCCCAGGCCCCGCCGGGGGCCUCAGCGGGGACACCGGCGCCGGGGGGCGCGGGGACGACCCCGCAGGGCACGGCCGGGUCCACCAAGCCCAAGCGCAAGCGCACGGGCUCCGACUCCAAGUCCGGGAAGCCGCGGCGCGCGCGCACCGCCUUCACGUACGAGCAGCUCGUGGCGCUUGAGAACAAGUUCAAGGCGACGCGCUACCUGUCGGUGUGCGAGCGCCUCAACCUGGCGCUGUCGCUCAGCCUCACCGAGACGCAGGUGAAGAUCUGGUUCCAGAACCGCCGCACCAAGUGGAAGAAGCAGAACCCGGGCGCCGACACCAGCGCCCCGACCGGCGGCGGCGGGGGCCCGGGGCCCGGCGCAGGGCCGGGAGCGGGGCUGCCCGGCGGCCUCAGCCCCCUCAGCCCGUCGCCGCCCAUGGGCGCGCCGCUCGCCAUGCACGGCCCGGCGGGGUACCCGGCGCACGGCCCCGGCGGCCUGGUGUGCGCCGCGCAGCUGCCCUUCCUGUCGAGCCCCGCGGUGCUGUCGCCCUUCGUGCUGGGCUCGCAGACCUACGGCGCGCCCGCCUUCUACGCCCCGCACCUCUGAGCGCGGCCCGGGUGGCCGCUUGGUGAGGUGCGGCCGCUGACUGUACAGCCGGUUGCCACGGAAGAGUUUUAAAUUUAUAAACGACUGUCCGCGUCGGGCCGCCCCGCUUGGAAGCACUUUGCCGAACUUGUUCAAUCAAUAAACCGCAGGAGGCCGCGCCCGCGUCCCUCCGGCUCCGGCGCCGCCCGCGCCCGGUCCUCCUGGCUGCCCUUCCUUGGG